AUGUCGGUCGUUUUGGAUGAGAAGGAUAUGAAUGACGUAGCAGAAGGAGCCGAGAAGAAACUUUCCAAAAAGGAGUUAAAUAAGCUGGCAAAGGCCGCUAAAAUAGCUGAAUUAAAAGCUCAAAAGGCUUCGUCUCAGCCUAAGGAAGAGGAAACUGAAGAUGUCUCAUCGACUGACAAAAAGGACAUCGUCUUCACUAAAUUAAGUGAGAUCGACGCCAAUAUUCAUGGUCAAGAGGUUUGGGUCCGUGGUCGCGUUCACGCAAUUCGCAGUAAAGGAAAAACAUGCUUCCUUGUCCUGAGGCAGCAGUUCUACACUGCACAGGUGACUCUUUUCGUGGGUGAAAAAAUAAGCAAGCAGAUGCUGAAAUUCGUCUCAAAUAUCUCCAAGGAAUCUAUUGUGGACAUUCAAGGUCAAGUAGAAAAGGUUGAUGCGCAGAUUGAAUCAUGUACGCAGAAAAAUGCCGAACUUCACGCAAUUCAGGUGUUCGUUGUGUCAGCAGCGGAGCCGCGACUUCCUCUUCAAAUUGAAGAUGCCAGCCGACGGGCAGACAGCGCUGACGGUCUGGCAGCAGUGAACCUUGAUACAAGGCUGGAUAACCGUGUACUAGAUUUGCGGACGACAACGACUCAAGGCAUUUUCUCACUGCAGGCUGGUGUCUGCAAACUGUUUCGUGAUACUCUAACUGAGCGUGGAUUCAUUGAGAUUCAUACCCCCAAGAUUAUCUCCGCUGCCAGUGAAGGAGGUGCCAACGUUUUCACGGUGUCAUACUUCAAAGGUUCUGCAUAUUUGGCGCAGUCUCCUCAGCUGUACAAGCAGAUGGCUAUUGCCGGCGAUUUUGGAAAGGUUUUCACCAUCGGUGGUGUCUUCCGAGCUGAGGAUUCAAACACCCAUCGACAUAUGACGGAGUUUGUAGGGCUCGAUCUGGAAAUGGCCUUCAACUUCCAUUAUCACGAGGUGUUGGAAACGAUCGGAGCUGUUCUUAUUAGCAUAUUCAAAGGCCUUAAAAGAGACUAUGCUGCUGAAAUUGAAGCGGUUGGGCGACAGUAUCCUGCGGAACCGUUCGAGUUUUGCGAGCCAGCACUCAUUCUAAAAUAUCCAGAGGCAGUGAAAAUGUUGCGAGAGGACGGUGUUGAAAUGGGCGACGAGGAUGAUCUUAGCACACCUGUGGAGAAGCAGCUAGGACGUCUUGUGAAGGAGAAGUACAAAACCGAUUUCUUCAUUCUGGACAAAUUCCCCCUAGCCGUACGUCCGUUCUAUACCAUGCCAGAUCCUCAUGAUCCGAGGUAUUCUAACAGUUACGACAUGUUUAUGAGAGGUGAAGAGAUUCUUUCCGGAGCGCAGCGAAUUCACGACGCAGAAUUCCUCGUUGAACGAGCCAAGCAUCACAAUAUAGAACUUGAAAAGAUCCAAGCCUAUAUUGACUCGUUUAAAUACGGAUGUCCACCCCAUGCUGGCGGCGGAAUCGGUCUCGAGCGAGUAACGAUGCUAUUCUUGGGCUUGCACAACAUUCGGCUCGCCUCGAUGUUCCCUCGUGAUCCGAAACGAAUUACACCCUGA